GGAGGGAGGGAGGGGGACCCCGAUUGUGGCUCUUGCAGUCCUCCCCACGGUCCGCUGCAGCUCUCCUCCACGGUCCGCCUCCUCCAGAUCUCUUGGGAAGAUAGCAGUCAGCCUUGGCCAUGUCUGCGGAUGUCUGGGUCGGAACCUGGCGGCCUCACCGGCCCCGAGGGCCAAUCGCAGCCCUGUACAGUAGCCCGGGCCCUAAGUACGGGCUCCCAACCAAUGUAGGAUACCAGCAGCAUGACCCUUCUCGCUACCGGGCCCCGGCCUUCAGCUUCGGCAUCCGCCGCUUGCAGGAGAAGCAGGGCUGCUCUCCUGGGCCUGGCUACCUCAUCCCCACCAACAUGACCAUGAGAGGCAAAGAUGGGAUUCCCGCCUACUCCAUUUAUGGGCGACCCAAAGACAUCACGUCUUUCAAGACACCAGGGCCAGGUCGCUACUCCCCAGAAAAGGCUGGGAGGCUGGCCUACCCUGCGCCCCCCAUGUUCUCCCUUGCCUCCCGGACAAAGGACUUUCUGAAUGACCAGACACCAGGACCAGCUGCCUAUGGCCUCCCUCCGAUGCUGGGGCCCAAAGUGGUCAACAAAGCCUCUGCUCCCAAUUACUCCAUUUUUGGGCGCAGCACCAUUGGCAGCUUCUACGAGGACCUCAGCAGGACUCCUGGACCUUGCAAUUACCGCGUGGUGGAUCCUGGAGUCUACAAGAACCGUCCUCCACAUUAUAGCAUUCUGGCCCGCAACAUGCCUCCUGGGGAUAACACCCUGAAACCAGGUCCUGGAGCUUAUAGUCCUGAAAAGUACACCCAGCAGCGUGGAGUGACCUUCGGCAUCCGCCACUCUGACUACGCGGCGCCUCUCAUUGUGGACACGAUCGACUAAUCCGGCUCCAUCGCCUUGAAAGGGCCGGACAAGAAAAUGUUGUCGUUUGGGAAGACUGGGAUUGCAAUGUGCUUUUAUGUUUGUUGGGUUCAAACCAUUGAUCUCAAAGGCACCUUUGGAGGCUAAGCAGGGCCAGGCCUGGAGCGGGAAGAGGGUGGGUCAGACUUCUUCUCAAGCCCCUUGGGAGAUGUAGUAUCCCUCAUAGCUAAGGAGGUUGUAGCGUUCCCACUCUCUUUCCUAGAUUGAUCCGUGACUUAACCUCGUUUACCCUAAAGGUGCCAAAUCCUGCCUGAUUAUGGAAGCUAAGCAGGGUCAUCCCUGGCUGGUACUUGGAUGGGAGUCCAUUAACAAAUACCAGAGACUGUGGGCUGUAUUUCAGAGGAAGGAAUUGGUAAAACCAUCUCUUAAGUUUUACGAAAUUUAUGGGGUCGCCAUAAAGUCAGGAAGGAACUUGAAGGCACACAAACACACACAAGGUUUGACCUCAGCCCUCCAAUGCUGCUUCCAGAUCAGGGAGAAAAAGCCCUUUUGGACUGUCACUCCCAUCAUUCCUGGGCAAAUUCAGGAAUUUUGGGAACUAAAGUC